UAUUUGGAAGAUUUCAACAGCCUGAGAGAGAGUUUUUCCAGAGUAGAGAUCAUCUAUGUUUCAAGAACGCAUAAUAAGAAGGCGGAUAGCUUAGCUCGCAGUGCUAGGAAAGUAUCGUCUUCGGUUGUUCACAUGGAUCAAGAUCUCCCAGUUUGGUUUACAGAGUCAAUAUGAGUCUGUAAAGUCGAUGACAAAAAAAAAAAAAAAAAAAAACCAAAGAAAAGACAACAAGUAUUAAAUUGGUAUCGAGAUCCCAUUUGCUAUAUUUUAUUACAACAUCUCUUCAACUCCCUCUCACUCUUUGUUCUCUGUCUCCAUGCUUCCAGCGAUGUUCCAACACGCGCCGUCUUUCAUUUCUCUCAUCGUCUUCUUCACCAUUCUACUACCCGUAACCUCAAACUCAGACCCGGUCACCGUCCAGCCAUUCCGCAUCAAACCAUCCCCACCCGACACCAUACCCGCUUUCCCGGAGCAAUCCGACUUCUCCGGCUGCCCACUCGAUCUACCAGAAGACCUCUUCCACGGCAUCAAAUCAGCAUGCACCGGCAAAAAGCUCCACAGAGCAAAAUGCUGCCCCGUGCUAGGCGCGUGGCUCUACUCCGCUUACUCAACCACCGCUCUCAGCCGUUCCCUUCCCUCCUCCUCCUCCGCCGCCUCAAGAAACGCGACGACUCCGGAAGAAGAAGACAUGCCUUUGCUUCCCGACGACUCGGAGACUUGCGUCGACGGAUUGGAGAAGUCGCUGAGAAGGAGAGGGAUUGAGCUUCAGAGGCAGAACGAGACGUGCGACGUCGCGUACUGCUACUGCGGAAUCAGAUUGCAUCACUUGAGCUGUUCCGAGGCCUUUAGUGUGAACGAGGAAGGGAGGCUCGUCGGAGACGAGAGUGUUGAUAGAUUAGAGAAUGAUUGUUUGAGUGGACGACACGCCAUUGGUGAUAGAUUGUCUCAUCUUAGUAGCUGUAACAAGUGCUUGAACAGCCUCUACAAGCUAAACCCGAAGAAAACUUCAGGGACAAGAAACCAAUCAAAGGAAGACAGAAGCAGAACCACAAAGAUGCAUAACAAAGACUGUGUCCUGAUGGGUCUCACUUGGCUUCUCGCUAAGAACCGUACGGCUUAUUUCCACUCUGUCACUUCUGUCCUCAGAGCCGUCAUGCUCAGCCAAAACGGCGAGCCUCGGUCAUGUGCUCUGGGAGGUGACGGCAUGCCUUUAGCUGUUGACUCUUCCGAAUUCUCCAACGACUCAUCAUCAGCUUUACUCAAGUACCCGUACCACAUGGUCCACUUUAUACUUUACAGCGUCAUCACAUUGUUAUUACUAGGCUUGUGGUGACUAACGUUGACGUGGGUUUGGAUUGGGUUUGGCAUUUCGUGAUUGGCUGAUAGAAGUUAAGUGAAAAUCAGAUAGAGAGAAAAAGAGAUAGGGGUGAUUGUCUUAUCGUCUUUUGUAAAUUAGUUUUGCUUUUGUUGUUGUUAUGGCGCCAUUUUGUUUAAAAAAUCGCAUUAUUUUUUUUUAAAAUAAUUUCAAAUAUAUGUUUAGCCA